AUGGCAAGGCCACUAAGGCCAUUUUCCACAACAGACUUGUCUGAGCCUGUGAGAGGAUACAGGGAUGGUUACCUAUUUUCACUUAGUUUAGGGACCCCUCCACAGCUCAUGCAAGUCUAUAUGGACACCGGGAGUGAUCUAACAUGGGUUCCCUGUGGAAAUCUCUCUUUCGAGUGCAUAAACUGCAAAGAUAAUCGGGGCGAUAGGGUAAUGGGUUCGUUCUCUCCUUCUCUCUCGUCUUCUUGCUCCCGUGAUGUAUGUGAUAGUCAUUUCUGUGUGACCAUUCAUAGCUCCGACGAUUCUUACGACCCAUGUGCCAUGACCGGUUGCUUCCUCGGCAGCAUAUUGAGAGGCAUGUGCUCUAGGCCUUGUCCUCCCUUCACUUACACUUACGGUGAUGGCAUUGUAUUGGGAACCCUAACAAGGGACACCCUUAUGGUCCAUGGCAGUGACCAAAGUGUAACAAAGGAUGUCCCUGACUUUUGCUUUGGUUGUGUGGCUUCAACUUAUAUGGAGCCCAUUGGGAUUGUAGGAUUUGGUAAGGGUGCACUCUCACUCCCCUCACAGUUAGGGUUCCUACAUAAAGGCUUCUCCCAUUGUUUCCUGAGCUUCAAGUUUUCAAAUAAGCCCAACAUCUCUACCCCUUUGAUCAUAGGGGACUCAGCCAUUGCCUCUAGAGAAGAGGUACAAUUCACACCGAUGUUGAAGUGUCCCAUGUACCCAAGCUUCUACUAUGUAGGCCUAGAGGCCAUUUUCAUAGGAGGGGAAAUAUUGGAGGUGCCCCAAAUCCUUAGAGAGAUCAAUUCUCAAGGAAACGGGGGCAUGCUUGUAGAUUCCGGCACGACAUACACGCACCUUCCUCAAGCCUUGUUCACAAAGUUCCUAUCAGUUAUGGGGUCCAAGAUAACACACCCGAGAUCGGUGGAGCAUGAGAGGAAGACCGGAUUCGGCCUAUGCUACCAAGUUCCUACAGCAGUGACAGAGAGCCUUCCUUCACUUUCAUUUCGCUUUGUGAACAAUGUGACUCUGACCUUGCCUGAGGAGAACUAUUUCUAUGCCAUGGCUCCCUCUAAUGGAACUUACAUUGUCAAGUGCUUGCUGGUGCAAGGAAUGGAAGAUGAUUCCUAUGGUCCUGCGGGAGUUCUUGGCAGCUUUCAACAACAAAAUGUGGAGGUAGUGUAUGACCUAAGUGAUGAGAGAAUUGGGUUUCAUGCAAGAGAUUGUGCUCUUUUGGCUAUCUCACAUGGGCUUUAUAAGAAAUGA